AUGAAUGCAAUCUUACGGCCAAAUCGUCUGAACGCUCACAAUGUCUUCAAUUAUCGCAAAUUGAGUUCACUUUUGGAUGAGUUAUGCCCUGAAGUGAUGUCUCAAUACUCGGCGGUCAUUGGACUGGAAGUUCACUCUCAGAUCAGCUGUUCAUCGAAACUGUUCUCGAGUUCCGGCACUUCUUACUUGAGUUCCCCCAACAGUCAGGUGUCUGUCUUCGACUGCGCCCUUCCCGGGACACUACCGGUGCUCAACAGGAAGUGUGUCGAGUCUGCCGUCAAGACCGCUCUGGCCCUCAACUGUCACGUCUGGAAGCGAUCGCUGUUUGACAGAAAGCACUACUUCUACGCCGAUAUGCCGGCCGGAUAUCAGAUCACUCAACAAAGACAUCCUUUGGCCACAAACGGCUUCAUUGAGUUCAUAGUGGAUGGCGAUCACCAUUCUGAUGGUUAUAUGAAGCGAUCAGCGCUCAAACAGAUCCAAUUGGAACAGGACUCUGGAAAGUCUCUGCAGGACGAAGACAACAACAGGUCACUCGUGGACCUGAAUCGGGCCGGAGUUGGUCUCAUGGAGUUUGUCUUCGAGCCCGACCUGACGAGUGCGGCCGAAGCGGUGUCUCUGGUCAAGGAGUUGAUCCUAAUAUUGCGGACAUUGAGGACGUGUUCGUGCAGAAUGAAUGAGGGGGUGCUUCGGGUCGACGCCAACAUAUCCGUCCGCAAACCCAAUCAGCCCUUAGGGGUGAGGACUGAAGUGAAGAACUUAAACUCAUUUCGUUUCAUUGGAUCCGCCAUUGAAUACGAGAUUAAGCGACAAAUAGCUGUCAUUGAAAGCGGCGGUCGAGUGAUAAACGAGACGCGAAUGUAUGACAUGAAAACGAAAGAGACGGCUGUCAUGCGGGACAAGGAGGUCGUACAGGACUACCGCUUUAUGCCUGAACCCAAUCUCCCACCCAUUCUUCUCAGAGAUGACAACGACUUGAACAGCGAUUUAAUCAAUAUAUCAGACUUUGAACGAGAGAUUAGUUACCAACAGACUAUCGAAAAAAUGUGUUUAUCGGCCAUUGAAUCGCUGCCAAAGAUUGCCCGCAAGUAUGCCAAGAGUGGUAUAAGAAGACCGCAGUCUCUGCUCAUCGAAAAUGUUAUGAAUUUGUUGAACAAUAGAGUCAAUGAAAGCGAUAUUUGGCUUCAAUACGACCGAUUACUUCGCAAUGAUAUCAAGUCAUUAAAAGAUCAUUGA